AUGACAUGCACUUGCCCAUAUCUAUGGUCUAGUUCCAAACAAAACUCGCUAUCUAAACUUCAUCUUCUCUAUUAUGAAGGUCUUAGAGAUGCCAAUCGAGGGUGUGAUGGUGUUUUCCAUACUGCUUCGCCUGUGAGAUUCCCCGACGAUGAUGUGGGGCCGGCGGUGCUUGGAACAAAGAACGUGAUUUUCGCAGCUGCCGAGGCUAAAGUCCACCUUCUGGUGUUCACAUCAACAAUUGGUUCCGUUGACGAGUCCUGCUGGGGCGAUCUUGACUACUGCAAGAACACUAAGAAUUGGUAUUGCUAUGGAAAAACUGUGGCGGAGCAUGUGGCGUGGGAGGAGACGAAGAAGAGAGGGCUGGAUCUGGUGGUGGUGAAUCCAUCUCUGGUGCUUGGACCACUGCUGCAACCAACAAUCAAUGCUAGCAUUAUUCACAUUCUUAAGUAUUUAAAUGGAUCCGCCCAGACUUAUGCUAAUUCUGUUCAGGCAUAUGUGCACGUUAAGGAUGUCGCACUUGCCCAUAUUCUCAUUUACGAGAAUCCGGGCGCCUCCGGCCGAUACCUCUGUGCAGAAAACAUGCUUCACCGUGGCGAAGUGGUGGAGAUUCUUGCCAAGUUCUUCCCUCAAUAUCCCGUCCCCACCAAGUGUUCAGAUGAGAAGAGCCCAACAGUGAAACCCUACAAAUUUUCAAACAAAAAGCUGAAAGAUCUAUGGUUGGACUUUACACCGGCGGAGCAAUGCCCAUACAACACCGUUAAAAGCCUCCAUGAGAAGGGUCACCAUGCUCCUCCUAUCCUUUAAGAUGUUAGAAAAGGCGGUGGGUCAGGGCUGCUCUAGCCAAGCCAGCCCAUGAUAAAUACAAGGCCUACGGUUCAAUCCUAUAUAUAUAA